AUGAGCCGUCACAUUCAUGCCACUCGACAUGGGGCCGUGAAGUGUCCCCUCUGUGAGACCUACAUUGUGCCACGCGGCUUCUUCGCAAGCCUCACGAAGUUGAUUGAGCGCCAUCGCGACCGUCAACCAUCCACAACAGAAGUAAGCGGCUCACCACUGCAUUCGCCGUCCUCUACCAGUGCGGUGGCUUCUAGCUCUAACGGAGGUACCAAGCCUCUGACCACGAUCGCCAUCACUCAUGCCCACUGUAUCGGGUUACCAGACUUCAAAUGUUAUGAGAAGGCAGAUUUUGAGCUACCGGGCUCAGCACAGGACUACAACCUUCCCAGCGACUUUGCGGGCAGCGCACAAGGCCGAGGGACAAGUGACGCGCUAGUGCUAUGCGGUUCAGAGAAUGGCGGAGGCUCCCUCCCUCCGUUUCGCUGCAUGGAGUGCUUGAAUCUUUGCGGCACCUGGACGAAAGCUACAAAGCACAUGGAUAAGAGUGGACACACCCUUCCCCUCUGCGUGCAAUGUCUGGUGCGUCUCCGCUGCUUCGGCCCUCAACGACCAAUUAAGCACGAGGGGAGCACCGGUCACUGUGGCUUCUACGGUGUCUUCUACACCCGUCGUGACUAUCUCUGCGAUGUGCAGGCCCCGCGCAGCGCCUACAACUAUAGCAACUCUUACACCGGCCUCUCCACGCUCCAGUACAAGUGUGUGUGCGGCAUCUCCUUUCUCCAUCCUCUGCACCUCGCUGAGCACCUGCACCGGGUGCAUCACGCAACAUGCAUUAGGGACGAGGCUUUCUAUCGCCGCUGCGAGGCGCGUGGGACCCUGGUGGAGAUGAUGGUGCACCUAAGACAAGGCUGCACGCAGGCGGCGCCGAACGCUCAAACCACCGGUAGCAGCACCACCCUCCCCGACACGCCAGUCUCCUUGGCGAUGGGCAGCACUGCGCAGCUAUCGAUGGUCGGAUCGCCGACUUCUGCGGCUGCACUGUCAAAAGAUCAGGAGGACCAGGGUGAGACCAGUGGCAGUGGCGGCGACAAUGCUACAGGGGUGUCGUCUAUGAUUGAGGUGCCGGGGUUUUCUGGAGCGUCAUUCCUACAGUGGCGCCCACUUCUGCCGCCCAUAACAUCGGAUGACGUGCCGCUAAUGGACGAAUCGUAUGCAAUGUCGGGCGACAUCAGCAGCUUUCACGCGCGUACGCCGCAGCCGGCGUCUUCAUCCUCUCGCUUGGCCACCGCCAAGGUUCGCAAGGCGUCUUACGUCGUUCUGUACCAGUGCCGCGAGUGCCUGUUUCUCUUCUCCAGCUGGGAGCGAAUGGUGCACCACAUUCAUGCAACCGGGCACUGCCGCACGUACUGUUGCAAGUGCAAGUUAGAUCUGCCGCAGCUGGUGAGCCACCCAACGACGCACGAAGCGAGCGGUGCGUCACGAUCGUCAGCGCAGCUGCCGACGUACGGCGGUGCUGCAACAUCAGCACCUCCAUUGGUUUGCUCCACCACGCUCAACGACCAUCUCGACCACCUGCGUCGCUGUGGCGACAUUAUCGGAUUCCCCACAUCACCGAGGAGUCUUGAGGUGCUCGUUGACGUAAACGCCGAGUGUUACCAGGGCUCCCUCGACCCAGCACCGGACUUGUUCACUGGGGAUCGGGUCGUCAUGGCGUACCAGUGUCCGGCAGAGCACCUAGACUGCUACGAGGUCUUCCUGAAUUAUGGGAAUCUCGUAGAGCAUUUGAUGGCGACAGGGCACGGCUCGCAUCCGGGCUCAGAUAGUACGGAAGGCGCCGGCAACACCCAAACAGCGAGGCGACUCUCCUCCUGCUAUCCAAUGGUGACCUACCGAGCAAAAUUCACCGUGCUGCAGUUGCGUGAUCACUUUGGUUUCGUGCAGUGCUCUUAUUGUGAGUCAGCCGUGCCGCGGGAAGAGGAGGAGCUACACGAGGCACUCUGCAUCAUGCGCCGCCGCAUGAGCCAUUAG